AAAUUAAUUAAAAGCGUGUAAAAAUGAUUUCUAAUACGUUGAAAACCGGCCUUCGCCUCCCGCCUAAAUUAAUGUCAAUCGCUAUCAAUAAAAAAAAAGUUUCAAAUAACGCGCGUUCCAAUUCACGCGAGCCCAUUUUUUCGGCAAAUUCCUUCUUACUUUUAUAAGUACGAAGGAUAAUUAAUCUGAGCGGGAUCAAUGUAUUAAUGAUGCAUAAGCGAGAGAAGGACAGGGAUAUUGUGUACUUUCUUUUAUAGAUUUGCUGAAAGCGUUACGAUAGGGCUCUGUAUUUCAGUGCCGGUUGGUCAGUCGUGGAGAGAGGAUGUCGAAUUUUCCCGUUGGCUGAAAUUUUCCGCAUCUCCUCAUGCGAUUACCCAUUUAAAUAUUAUUAAUGGCCUUCUAAAGGCAUAAUAGUCUUUUAAUUAAGUAAAUUUUAAAAUUUAAGAGUUAUUGUGUAAAUAUGUGUGUAAGUGACUUACCUAAUAAUAAAACAUUAAAUCUGCCGAACGCUUGAUUUGUAGUACGAUCCGUGCGUGUUUGCGUUUUCUUAGCGGCAUCGUUAUAUUUCCUUUGCUUUGGUGUGAGAAUUAAGAAAAAAAGUGCAAUGUGAGUGACAGUUUCGUGAAUUCGAAUUUGGAAUUCGGAAUCGAUCAUGCCGAACACUCCGGUGGCGCCCGGGUUCCAAUGGGACAAGCUGUCACCCGCGGAGUUCCAGCAGCUUCAAGAGCUCGCUUCUUAUUCAACAAAGAAGCUUCAAGAUGUCCUUAACGAGUUCUGCGAGGUCAAGAAACAGAGUCCAGAUGGGGACAUUGACUUCGAAGGGUUCCGCUGGUUCCUGGACAACUUCCUCGAGUGCUCAGCUCCAGAUGAACUGUCCAGGCAUUUAUUCCUGUCAUUUGUCCGGCGCGACCGUCGGCCGGCGCUCCGGGAAAUGGCCGCCGCCAGUUCAGCCGCCGCGUGCGCCGCUGUCACUGCGCAUGGAGAUCAUCAGACGAAGCACACCCUGGCCUCGAAGAUCCAUGGGCUAGCUGAACGUCUUCAGCAGCUCGGCAAGGGCUCUGGAGACUCUGUGGAUGGCAGUGACAAGGGAUCUCGGAGUCGCACUGGGAGCGUUCACCCCAUGUUCACAGUGACCACGCACCCUUCAUACUCCUCCCACGAGCUGUGCCUCGGGCGUACGGAGACCAGCCCCAGCCACAGUCAGAUGUCCAGGAACUCCAGCAGAAAGAGCAGCAACUCCUUGAGGGUCAACCAGUCUACCAAGAUCGAAGAUUUCAAGCAUCUCAUGCGACGGUCGUCGACCCUAGAAGUCCACACCGCCAGAGUCUCGUUGAAGGACAUUGUGUGCUAUCUGUCCCUGCUGGAAGCCGGGAGGCCUGAGGAUAAGCUGGAGUUCAUGUUCCGGCUAUACGACACGGAUGGCAACGGGGUCCUGGACACCAACGAGAUGGAUUGCAUUGUCAACCAGAUGAUGACUGUGGCUGACUACUUGGGCUGGGAGACGUCUGAAUUAAAACCGAUUCUACAAGACAUGAUGGUGGAAAUAGACUACGACGCUGAUGGAACUGUGUCGCUGGAUGAAUGGAAAAGAGGAGGGAUGACAACCAUCCCGCUCCUCGUGUUGCUCGGCCUGGACACCAAUGUGAAGGAGGAUGGUGAACACGCUUGGAGACUGAAGCACUUCAGCAGACCAGCGUACUGUAACCUGUGCCACAACAUGCUCGUCGGGCUUGGGAAGAAGGGGCUGUGCUGCAUUUUCUGCAAGUAUACUGUACAUGAGCGUUGCGUGCAGCGCGCUCCUGCCUCCUGCAUAGCAACGUAUUCCAAGUCACGACGGGCCUCCGCCACUCUAGCUCAUCAUUGGGUUGAAGGAAACUGCCACGGCAAGUGCGCUCGGUGUCGGAAGAAGAUCAAGGGAUACAACGGGAUUACAGGCCUCCACUGCCGCUGGUGCCACAUCACGCUUCACAACCGCUGCGUGGCCAACAACGCCGGCGGAAUGUGUUCUUUAGGCCGCCAUGCUCGUCACAUCCUGCCCCCGACUGCCAUCCGUCCGCUCGUGCUUGACCGUCAACGGUCACUGCCUCACCGUCCGCACAAUGACCAGCAAACCCUCCCAACCUCCAUAUCCCUCCCCAUCUCCAUCUCAGCCCCCCCUGAGGAGAAAAAGGAAGAGAAGAAGGAACACCGCGCUCCCCCCAUCUCCUUCCAAAUCUCCCCCCCAGACGGCAGCUGCCCUCUGCUGGUGUUCAUCAACCCUAAGUCGGGGGGGCGCCAGGGGUCGAGGGUGCUGAGGAAACUCCAGUAUAUCCUGAAUCCGAGGCAGGUGCAUGAUAUUGCGAAGGGCGGGCCGAUGCAAGGUUUGCAGAUGUUCAAAGACGCGAAGAACUACCGGGUGAUAUGCUGCGGUGGCGACGGAACCGUGGGCUGGGUGCUGGAAACCAUGGAUAAAGUGCAGAUGGAAACGCAGCCGGCAGUGGGGGUGAUCCCACUCGGGACGGGGAACGAUCUGGCUCGCUGCUUGAGGUGGGGGGGCGGGUAUGAAGGCGAGUCCAUCCACAAGAUAUUGGAUAAAAUAUCGCGCGCCAGCACCGUGAUGAUGGACCGGUGGCAGAUCGACGUUGAAAACACCGACGAAGAGCAACGAGAGCCAUCAGAGCAGCCAGAGAUGCCGAGCUCGGCGCCGCACCCGACGUCUGUGCCCUACAAUAUCAUCAACAACUACUUUUCCAUCGGCGUUGACGCUGCGAUCUGCGUGAAGUUCCACACGGAGCGAGAGCGCAACCCGGACAAGUUCAGCUCCCGGAUGAAGAACAAGCUGUGGUACUUCGAGUUCGCCACGUCGGAGCAGUUCGCGGCCAGCUGCAAGAACUUACACGAGCACAUCGAUAUUGUGUGUGACGGGUCAUCCCUAGAGUUGAGUAAAGGCCCCGCUCUGCAGGGGGUGGCGUUGCUGAACAUCCCCUACGCGCACGGGGGCUCCAACUUAUGGGGAGCAAGCGGUGUGCAUCGGAAGGGACGCUUCCCUAAUGCACAACAAGAUAUUGGUGAUAAGCUGAUAGAAGUGAUCGGCCUAGAAAACUGUCUGCACAUGGGGCAGGUCAGGACAGGCCUCCGAGCCUCCGGGCGUCGUCUGGCUCAAUGCAGCUCCAUAGAGAUGACCACGAAGAAGACGUUUCCCAUGCAGAUAGACGGCGAACCCUGGAUGCAACCGCCUUGCAAGAUAACGAUUACCCACAAAAACCAAGUACCAAUGCUCAUGGGGCCAGCACCUGAGAAAGGAAGAGGAUUCUUCAAGCUCUUCACCCAUUGCUAAGCGUCUCUUUCACUCAUUCCAUGUUAAAUAGAAAAGGACGAGAGGAACUAGUAUUGGUAAUAACGCAAGUCUUUUGAGUCUGAAGAACGUUUUUACGCGAUUUUGCGCUUAAUAAACUUCAGUCUUUUAAGUCUUGAGUCGAGUCUUUUAUUUAAGACUCAAAAAAGACUCUACUCUACUCUUCGGAUAAAGACUUCGUCUAAAUUUUAUUAGGUUUUAUCUAAACGAACACUAAGGAAAAUAGGUGUUAUUGAAUGAUGUGUCUGUCGGCGGCCGAUCGUAAGAUCUGGCAUAUCGUGAAAUUCCUAGGCAUAUCGGGAAACGUGAAAAUCUUUGACUCGUUCCCUGAGUCGACGGAGCCCCGCUACGCGGGGCUCCUAUUUCUGGGCAGUUUGCCCUUCGGGCAUCUGAAGCAACCUAACGAACCUAUCCUACCUAUAUAUUGGUUUGAUGUGACUAUCGUCAAAACAUUACACAGGAACAUAACGAUCUGCCUGAUCGUACGAUCGGCCUACGACAUGUCUAUCCCAUGAAUUUCAUGGGGAGACAAUGUGUUUUAGAAAAUAUUUGUAGAUAAUCUGUGAGUCCUCUUUAAAGGACUCAGGCCUCGAUAAGAACUCAGUCUAAGAUACUGAGUCGAGUCUCAAAAACAAAGGACUCAAGGACUCAAGGACUCAAGGACUCAAAGGACUUGAGUCUUAUCCAACAAAGGUAAACAAUCUUGACGUGUAUUUUUAUUUGUAAACACUUUUGAUAAAUAUUAAGUCACGGCAAAUUAUGUAAAAAAUAUGUGUACGAUUAUUUACAUUAUUUUGCUAUAAUAAGUAAUAGUUACUGAUUUUAAAAGGCGUUUUUCAAUUAAAACACACGUUAAGAUCGCGUAGUCUUUUUUGAAUGCUAAAAAAACGAACCAUUAGAUAUACAUAAUAUUAAUUAGGUCGUCUUAUUGGGUUAGCAGUGUUACGGCACUUUUUUUUUUAAUUGGAGCUGAAUGCCAAGGAUUUGACCAUCUAGAAUUUGAUCUUGAAACUCGUAUCGGGUUAUAUAGGUACAUAAAAUAAUUCCAAUUUCAUUUAUUUACAACGUAGUUACAUAUUAGGUAAAUAAGCAUUUUAUGACCUUGAAUCGCUUGAGUCUGCGUCCCACAAUUUUAUUAUUUUCCUAUUGACAAAAAAGUAGGUACGGAAUAUAUAAAAAUUGUUCAAUUUUGCCCGUUAAUUUGCCCACUGAAAUACUGCUAGUAUUUUCUGCCCAUCAGUAGCCACAUCCAUUUUAAGAAACUACUCUUUUUUUAGAAAAAGAGUGUUGUUUUCUCUCCUGUUUUCUGAGUAUAUGUAGGAUUUUGCGCCAGUGUAUGUGUAUUUCACUAAGGUUUUAUUUUAUAUUAAAAACAUUGACGGUAUUUGUACCAUUAACCAUUUAACUAAUUGCAGAUUUUUGUCGAGUGGGCAAAUUUUCUCCUGGGCAAAGUUAAAAUUUAUUACCAUAAAUCCGCCUGAUUUCUUCCAUCUGUUUUAAAUAGUUAACAUAUUUUUGUUCUGUCGAUAUCAAUUGAGGUGGCUGUAAUCAUCAAUUUCUUGACUUUUCUUGACUUUACACUUUUCAAAUGCAUUUAAACAAAAUGUGGUCCAAAUUACAGCCAUUCAAUUAAAAAAAUGCUGUAAAUUAGUAAACUAAUUUAAGCUUUAUAGACCUGAAAAAACUUGGCGUCCAUUAAAAAUAGGAUUUUACUUUGACUUUUAAGAAAAACACAAUUUAAACUCAGUUGCCACACGCAUGUGAAAAAUAAUAUUGAAAGAUUAGAUUACUAUUAUACGUAUUAAUUUAAAUUAGAUAGUAAGUUUAAUGCAUAAUAUAGUUUGUUGCCAUUUAAAACGAAAUAAUUUAUGAAAUUAUGUUUUAACAUUAAAGUCAUAAGAGUAUUAACGGAAUUUAAAUUAAGUACAAUUUUCUUAUUUAACUAUGUUACACAUUUUUUGUAAUUAAUUUGUAGAGCAAAGUUUUGA